AUGCAAUAUACUUUGGAACAAAUUACUAAAACUCUUCUUUCUCGUACACCAUAUCCUUCUCUACUUGCUCCACCACCAAGUGAUCCUUCAAAACGUGUAUCUAGUACACCAUGGAAUCAAACAAUACAUGAUGAUUUAUUACAAUUACAAAAAAAUCCUAGUAUACCUGUGUUUACUAUAGCUAGUCUUCAUUUAAUUAAUGAUGAUAUUGGUUCAUGUCAUGAUAUUGUUGAGAAAAAUAUGGGUCAUGGUAUUGCUGAUUAUCUUCAUUAUUUACUUCAUCGACGUGAAGGGGAUUAUUGGAAUGCAAAAUGGUGGAUUCGUCAAUUAAAAAGUCAAGAAUUUAAAUCUGUUUAUUUAUCAGAAAAAUAUAAUGCAUUUAGUGAUCAAAAGAACGUUGAUAAUUUAUCAAACAGUGCUCAAUUAGCUGAAGCACACAAACGUGCACAAACAUUUGUUGAUCGUUGUGAACAAGCAGAAAGACAAGAAAAUGAAGAAGAAAAGGAUUUAUUAAAACAAAUGCAAUGGGAUGAAAUGAAAAUAGUUUUUGAAUUUACUGGAAAAUAA